GCGCGAGGUGGGAGCGGUGAGGCGGCCUCUGUGCACGGUGUUGCCGUGGGGUGGCGGCGAGGGGCGGCCAGGCCUGGCUGAGGUGGCCGCGGGUUGCCUUGCUCCUUAGGGGGGUGUAUGUACAGGAGGUUCCCUCUCAACGUCAGGGUGCCCUGUCUCGCUGUGAGGAUGACCGACCGCGGGCAUAGGCUGUCCUGGGGGAGUGGGGAGUCUCCAUCCUCGGAGAUACUCAGCCCGCCUGGACACGGCUCCCGGCACCCCGCUCUGGGGACCCCACUCGAGCCAGGCCUGGACUGGAUCAUCUCCAGAGGACCCUGCCACCCUCAGCCCUUCCAUGAGACUCUGCGAUUAAUGGCUUACUACAGAAAAGCAGUUGUCCUUGUAACUGAACAGGAACAGACCAUGCCUCUUCCAGAAACGAUGUUUUGUGCUCAGCAGAUCAAAAUCCCCCCUGAGCUACCUGACAUUCUGAAGCAAUUUACUAAAGCUGCUAUUAGGACUCAGCCUCAUGAUGUUUUGCAGUGGGCAGCUGCGUAUUUUUCAGCAUUAUCAAAAGGCGAGCCUCUUCCUGUGAAGGAAAGGAUUGAAAUGCCUUUAGCAACAGAGAAAACAGAUGCUGUGUUAACACCGGGACUCCUUAAAAUCUUGCACAAACAGCUUUCUCCCAAAGGCAUGGUGAAUGUUGCAGAACUGAAGGAAAAAUGGAAGCACCUGUGCUUGCCAGAGGAGCAGCUGAACGCUAUCCUGCAAUUGGACAAUUUUGGGAAGGAGGUGGAAUGGAUGAAGGUUCUGGCACUUGCGUGCAGUGCGCUUGGCGAGUCCUUACUAAGUUCAAUGAAACACGCCUGCGAAAUCUUAACAACGGACCCAGAAGGCGGAGCAGCUCGCAUUCCCUUUGAAACCUUUUCAUUCCUUUACUCAUAUUUGGCCAGUAUUGAUGGAGAGAUACCAGAGGAGAAAACUGAGGCAUUCCUCCACAGAAUUAAAGAACAAGCUGACCAACAAACUGGCAUGGUGCUGCUCAGAAACUUUCUGCCCCAGCCUUCAACGCCGUUUUGACCAAGCCUACUCUUCAGCACUAGGUUAGAGGAAAAGAGGAAUAAAUACGCACAUGACAAUAAUUCGUGUUCAAAGGACCGUUAUUUGCACACUGCAAUACACGGUGAGCUCUUCUCUGGCACUUC